GCGGGCGAGCGCUACCGCUUCGACCACGUCUGUGACGCCGACGCGCACACGACGGAGGUCUACGACCACGCCUGCCGGUCCAUCGUCGGCGACCUCGUCUGCGGCCGGAGCGGCACGCUCCUCGCGUACGGCCAGACGGCGUCGGGCAAGACGCACACGAUGCAGGGCUUCAUGCGCCUCGCGUGCGAGCAGAUCUUCGAGGCCGAGGGCGAGACGACGGUGUCCUGCGUCUACCUCGAGGUCUACAACGAGGCCGUGCGCGACCUGCUGAACCCCGAGUCGGCCGUCGCGCUCCGCGAGGAGAAGCACCGGGGCGUCUACGUCGCCGGCGCGCACCGCGUCGUCAUCCGCGACCCCAACGAGCUCGACGCGCUGCUGAAGCGCGGCGAAAAGCGGCGGCGCAUCGGCAAGACGCGCAUGAACUCGCGGAGCUCGCGGAGCCACGCGGUGCUCCAACUCCACGUGGCGACGGACGUCCGCGGCGUCGUGUUCUCGGCCACGCUCAGCCUCGUGGACCUCGCCGGGUCGGAGAAGCCCCGGCGGUCCCGGGCCGAGCACCCGAGCCGGAGCCAGCGCGCGAACUUCGCGGAGGGCGUCAUGAUCAACAAGUCGCUGACGACGCUGUCGCACGUGCUCAAGCAGCUCGGCGACGGCGAGCGCGCGCCGAGCUUCCGCAACUCCAAGCUCACGCGCCUGCUGCAGCCGACGCUGAGCGGCGGCGCGAAGCUCGCGCUCGUCUGCUGCGUCGCGCCGGGCACGGCGUGCCUCGAGGAGACGCGGACGACGCUGCAGUUCGGCCAGCGCGCGAACCGCGUC